ACGUACCCUUGCUCCCGGGGACCGUAAAGCGCGGAAGGUCGCGGCCCCCCGCUUCCCCGGAACUCUUUAUUUCCUCCAACCCGUCCCUUCCCAGUCCCUGAUCCCUCCCCUUUUCCGGACCCUGGACCCCUGGUGACUGUAGUUGCUGCUGCCGGUCUUUCGCCGGCCGUGGCGGAGCACGGAGCCCGUGGGCGCCGAUGAGUUCGAAUGCUUGGAAUCUCCCGAGCUGAGCGAGAGCACGUCUCCUGGUGCUGACUGACGUGAUGUUUUACCGGUGGCUCUCAGUGGUCCGCAGACACAGAGCCAGCCGAGGAUGGCGGAACUGGUCCUCAGCCAGAAGCAGUGCGUCGGCGGCCACGGAACAUUCUGUUGCCCUGCCUGCCCAGGCACAGGUGGUCAUCUGUGGUGGGGGAAUCAUGGGCACGUCUGUGGCCUAUCACCUGUCCAAGAUGGGGUGGAAGGACAUUGUCCUUUUGGAGCAGGGCAGGCUGGCUGCCGGCUCCACGAGGUUCUGUGCUGGCAUCGUGAGCACCGCCAGGCACUUGAGCAUCGAGCAGAAGAUGGCAGACUAUUCAAACAAACUGUACCAUCAGUUAGAGCAAGAAACAGGGAUCCAAACAGGUUACAUAAGGACCGGCUCCAUCUUUCUGGCCCAGACUCAGGACCGCCUGAUCUCCCUGAAGCGCAUCAACUCAAGGCUGAAUGUCAUAGGCAUCCCUUCCGAGAUCAUCUCCCUCAAGAAAGUGGCUGAACUUCACCCUCUCCUCAAUGUGCACGACCUGGUGGGGGCCAUGCACGUCCCCGAGGAUGCAGUGGUGUCCUCUGCCGAUGUGGCUCUUGCCCUGGCGAGUGCUGCCUCCCAGAAUGGGGUUCAGAUCUACGACCGGACGAGUGUUCUUCACGUGAUGGUCAAAAAAGGUGAAGUUACUGGCGUGGAGACAGAUAAAGGGCAGAUCGAAUGCCAGUAUUUUGUCAACUGUGCUGGUCAGUGGGCAUACGAGCUGGGUCUGGCCAACGAGGAGCCGAUUAGUAUCCCGUUACAUGCCUGCGAACACUUCUACCUCCUGACUCGCCCCUGGGAGACCCCUCUGCACAGCAGCAUGCCAACUGUCAUGGAUGCUGAUGGCAGGAUUUAUAUUCGGAACUGGCAGGGUGGCAUCUUGUCUGGAGGCUUUGAGAAAACCCCGAAACCAAUUUUCACCGAGGGCAAGAACCAGCUGGAGAUUCAGAAUCUGCAGGAGGACUGGGAUCACUUCGAGCCCCUGCUGAGUUCUCUCCUGCGUAGGAUGCCAGAGUUGGAGACCCUGGAGAUCGUGAAGUUGGUGAACUGCCCCGAGACCUUCACACCGGACAUGAGGUGCAUCAUGGGCGAGUCCCCUUUGGUGCAGGGCUACUUCGUCCUGGCGGGAAUGAACUCCGCUGGCCUUUCGUUCGGCGGCGGAGCUGGCAAGUACCUCGCCGAAUGGAUGGUGCAUGGCUAUCCCUCAGAAAGCGUCUGGGAGUUGGACCUGAAGCGUUUCGGAGCCCUGCAGAGCAGCCGCACCUUUCUGCGCCACCGGGUCAUGGAAGUCAUGCCUCUGCUAUAUGAUUUGAAGGUUCCCCGUUGGGACUUUCAGACGGGGAGGCAGUUACGCACAUCUCCUCUCUAUGACCGACUGGAUGCACAAGGAGCCAGAUGGAUGGAAAAACAUGGAUUUGAGAGGCCAAAGUACUUUGUGCCACCAGACAAGGACCUCCUGGCAUUGGAGCAGAGCAAGACUUUCUAUAAGCCAGACUGGUUUGACAUUGUGGAGUCUGAAGUCAAGUGCUGUAAGGAAGCCGUGUGUGUCAUUGACAUGUCCUCUUUCACAAAGUUUGAAAUAACAUCCAGUGGAGAUCAGGCAUUGGAAACCCUACAGUACCUCUUCUCCAAUGACCUUGAUGUGCCCGUGGGCCACAUCGUGCACACUGGCAUGCUCAACGAGGGUGGCGGCUACGAGAAUGACUGCAGCAUAGCACGCCUGAACAAGCGCAGCUUCUUCAUGAUUUCUCCAACUGACCAGCAGGUCCACUGUUGGGCCUGGCUUAAGAAACACAUGCCGCAGGACAGCGAUCUGCUUCUGGAGGACGUCACCUGGAAAUAUACUGCCCUCAAUCUGAUUGGCCCUCGAGCUGUGGAUGUGCUGUCCGAGCUGUCCUAUGCACCAAUGACUCCAGACCACUUCCCAAGUCUCUUUUGCAAGGAGAUGAGCGUGGGCUAUGCCAAUGGGAUCCGGGUGAUGAGCAUGACCCACACGGGAGAGCCGGGCUUCAUGCUUUACAUCCCCAUAGAGUACGCCCUGCACGUCUACAAUGAAGUGAUGAGUGUUGGACAGAAGUAUGGAAUCCGGAAUGCUGGGUAUUAUGCUCUCCGUAGUCUCCGAAUCGAGAAGUUUUUUGCCUUCUGGGGUCAGGAUUUGAAUACCCUCACCACCCCUCUGGAAUGUGGACGAGAGUCUCGGGUGAAAUUAGACAAGGGGAUGGACUUCAUUGGUCGAGACGCCCUGCUGCAGCAGAGGCAGAAUGGGGUGUAUAAACGCCUCACUAUGUUCAUCCUGGACGACCACGACACAGACCUGGACCUCUGGCCUUGGUGGGGGGAGCCCAUUUACCGAAACGGGCAGUAUGUUGGCAAGACCACCAGCAGUGCCUACAGCUACACACUGGAGCGCCACGUCUGCCUGGGCUUUGUGCACAACUUCUCUGAGGACACUGGGGAAGAGCAGGUGGUGACAGCAGAUUUCAUCAACCGGGGCGAGUAUGAGAUUGACAUCGCGGGACACCGGUUCCAGGCCAAGGCCAAGCUCUACCCAGUCACCUCCCUCUUUACGCAUAAGCGCCGCAAGGAGGAUGUGGAGCUAAGUGACUUGCAGGGGAAGUAACAUCAGGCAGUUUCACCACCUCCCCCUCUUCUCUUAGAACCUGUCCUGAUCCUGUUCCUCUUCUUGAUUUAACCUUUGCUGCCCAUCUCUUACCUCCUUGAUGUAAUUUUAAAUUUUUUGCUUUGCACCCUCUCUUGUCCUUUCAUCUCCUCCUCCCCAUCUCCUAACACUCACUCUGGGCUGUUUGUCCGUCCCCCCACCCCUCAGAUUGCCAUGGUGACAGGAAGCAUGUCUGACAGGCAGCACAGGAGCAGACCCCAUCUGUGGGAGGGAGUUGCGGUGACAGAUUUCUAAUGCUGGGAAGCUGCUGCGUGUGUGGCCUCGGAGCAAGAAUCCAACACUGUGGGGCCAAGUGUUGAGGGAGUAAGUAGCCUGUUAGCUGGGGGUUUGGGGGUUUGUGACAGCCCAGAUCCUCUGUGCUGUGGGUCGGCACCUUGAUACCUCUAGCAAGAUGACCAUCUACCUCACUGAUGAGAGGCAUCGUGUGGGUGUUACUGGGCUGCAGCAGAGACAGCCUGGCACUGUCCCCAGCCCCCUACCCCCUAACCAAACUAGUUAUCAGACUACAAGGCCAGGGCCACCUGCCUGCCAAUUUUAUCAUCUCUAUCAUGAGGGGCUCUGUUUGUUUAGCUGAGUAAACAAGCCACAGUAUUUGAAAGGGAAAAACAAUGUUGCCUUUGCUUUUAUUUAAGAAAGUCUUAACCUCAGAAAGCACCAACACCAAACCAUGCUGUUUUCUGCUGUUAAAACAGUGCUGCUGCUCUCUUAGCUACUCCAGGUUCAGGCACCCCACCUUGACUGUCCUCAUGGGUGUCCUGGACCAUCCCUUCUGCAGUAGACCCACUAGCUCAGCAACUGUUUCUCUCCCCUAAAGGGAGGGCAUGGUGGGGCAUGUCAUCCUGGUCAAGCACCGCAUUUUUUGGACCAUAAGACUCACCUAGCUUUUAGAGGAAAAUAGGAAAAAAAAUUUUGAAGCAAAAAAUGUAAAAUAUUUAAUAACACAAAUAACAUAUUUACCAAUGUAAAUGUAAACACAACUCAGCAGCAGCAUUAACAACCAUUAUUCCUCCCAAAUUUGGGCAGGGGGUAGAGAAAGAGGAAAUAUCUUAGUUUGAACGGUAACAACCUUGCUGGCUCUUCUGCUUCCUCCAGCACAGAAGAGACAGGUCCAGAGAGUUCUGUGUGUGGAGGGUGCAUGCCAUGUGAGCCUAGCAGAAUGCUUUCCAUCUUUUCUUUCCCUGUCCAGCCAUUUCUCUGUACCUUCCGACUAGAAAAUGACCUGGAGCGACCCCCAGAGGGCCAUGCACAGUUAAGUAGUGUGUCUUUUCCCAGUGGUGCGACUUUAGUGACAUCGGACUGCGUUCUCUCUCCCAACACUUAAUUUUCCCUUGCUCCUAAGCUGCCCUAAUCUGAUUUUUAGUAUAAACUGCUGUUAGAGAUGUAACUAAUUAAACUGUAGCCUUUGUUUUCUUGGCAUCCUAGAAGCAUUAGCUCUGAUAGGUCUCUAAGUUUUGUAGAGAAGCUUUCAGGUGCUGGCCAGCUCUGGGUUUUCUUUCACCCACCUGACCAGGCUGCCUUCUUCCAGACAUUUCUUGCCAUUUUCCCAGCCAGACAACAUCUACUUGAUUAGUGUCCAGCUUUUUAGGAGGUCUCAGAUGAUUCAUUAAGGGAGCAUGGGAUAGAAUCACUUGGAUGGCCUUGCUAUUUUGGUGCAAAUGUGCACAUAACUAGGUGAGAGAUGCUGCUCCUACGCAAAGAAGAGGGAAGACGCUGCCCAGCUGGAGAGCAGGGACGGGGAGCUGAGCCAGAGCAGAUGUGAGCAGCAGGCAGCAGCUGGCCCAAGACGGAAACAGGUGAUACAGAGCUGAAGGUAUCACAUGCUCCGCGCCGUUCCAAAGUGAUCUUUUCUAGAGUUAUGCAUGAACUUCAUCUUGUCACAGACUGACAAGAUGAUGCUCUUCUAGGGCGUCACUUGUUUACUGAGUACCCCAAAGCACACAUUUUUUGGCACUUUAAAAUUCUUCCUUGAAGUCUUUGUUCAAACAUAGGCAUGUGAAUCUGGUAGUUUUCUCUAUUUGGUCCUAAAUCUGAAGGGAUGACUUUCCCACCUCUAGCACAAUUGACAAUCAAGACAUCUAAUUCACGUGUCAUUUCCAUCUCUGGGGCAGUGGUGCCAUGUGUGUUUGUCUUGUGUGACAACUCACCUCUUUCUAGGGGUGUGAGCGGUUCCGGACUCUUCUGAGGGGCUGGGCUUUAGUUUUAGGUGGUUGGUACUUUUUUCUCAGAAAUGAUCCAUUACCUCUUGUGCUCUCUUGGGGAGGGCUCUGCACACUUCUAGCUUGUCCGCACGCUCAAUUGAAGAACAUUUUUGAACCUAGAAACGCAAAGUGUGUUAGCCACAAACUGAUGAAGCCCCAGGAUUUCCAGUCUCCUGCGCACCUGUUUCCUCCCUUGACAUAGCUUCUAAGCCCCUUGUCACGCCUGCCACACAUACGUCCUGUUUCUUGGCACUGCCACGGUUCAUUUGACAUAAAUUGAGGCUUGCAUCAGGAAGAUUUCCCAUCUGUGAUGUCACUGAAGUCAGAAAACCUCUGAGCAAAAAGGGACAGAAACUACCUGCUUGGGUGGCCCAUCUGGUGUCCUUUAACUCGCGUAGUCAGGUACCUGCACUGCACGGGCAGGACACGCUCCAGGGGAGACCGGGGGCAACUUGUACUACAGUGCUAGUGCUUUUCUGGGGAGACCCUGCACCCCCAAAUGUGAGCAAUGCCAUUCAGGCUAGGGACCCAAAGACCAUUUAGCUCAGUGAUUACCCCCUUCCAGCAGUAGAGCCCAAUCACCAAGGGGUGACUCCCCGCACGGACUUCUGGCUCUGGACUUCUGGCUCUGGCAUCGGACACCUGCUGGCGUCUGCCUGAGCCUUCACUGCCCUUUCAGAACCCAAGGCCAAUAAAAGGGCGUCUUCUGUGACCUGUGGUCUCGGUUCUGAGCUAGAAGGCUGUUCCUGGUAGAACAGUUGCACUGGCUUGCUUUCAGGGGUAGCUACAAGGUUCAUUUUCCUCUUUGUUUUUUCUUGGGUAAUGGAGGUCCCAAGGAUCCUCAUUAGUAUCUAAGGUAGAGGUUUGGUCGCAGUGCUUAAUACUGAAGAAUAACCUGUUUUCAUUUUCUCCCCCGUACCACACCCCCCGUCCUUCCAGUCCCUCACAAACUUUGACCUAAGAGACAUAUCAACAUGACACGGGAAAUUUCUUGCGAGGGAAGGAUUUUCGUUUCAAGCAGCAUUUCUAGGCACAUGGGUUCAGAAGCACAGUUGAGCUGAGAAAUGGUAGGUGAAACAGUGAGACGUUGACGCAUUGACGACGACGUCCAGUAGUAACUGGUGAGAAGCUGUGCGACUGCCGCUCAGCACCUCCCCACGCCUCCACUUUAAGGUGCUGAGUUGUAAGGCUCCUUCAUUUUCAGUGUGGGGCUCCCAUUUGCAGUCCCCCAUCACUGACAAAUGCACUAUUUUUCAAGAGGACUGAGUAUUUUUGUAUGUUUGCCUUCUUUGUCCAUUCAAUACUGUUGUUCCUUGUAUAAUAUGAUUGACUUCUUUCAGCAGAGUGUCUGUUCCUUGGAAAACUGCACAUUUCUCAUGGCCAUUAUUCUCAUGUUAGAUGCAGUUACUUUUAUCUUUUGCAAACAUUCCACCUUCUUGUUUUCCUGUCUGUCAAGGACAGUAAUUACAAGAGGUGGGAAGAAUAUUUUUAACAUCUGUUUCAAAAAUUCUAAGCCAGGAAUUCCAUUGCACACCAAGAACUGGGGCUUGGAGCACAUCUUUUCUCCACGCCAGGUUCUCGUGCCUUACACUCGAGAAUGUCAAUGGUGGGCGGAGAGAGGAAGGCCCAUAAAGGAACUCCAUUUCAGUCUGAGGGUUCCCAUCGUCCUGCUCAGCCUCUCCUUCCCCAGAACAGGUGGGUGUGGGGGUGUGAAAGCUGCCACAGCCCGUCUCAGUGAAGGGUGUUCUAAGCAGCACAGUUCACACUUUACUCUCUGGUCAACUCUUGGGAUGUAUCAGAGUGCCACUGUAGUUACUGUAAAGUGCUGUAAUGCGUUCUUUGCAUGUGUAAAUGUGCACUUCUGUCCAGCCCUCUCUGUCCCUGUGCGGCGUUAGCUGGUGGUCCUGAAGACGUGCGAGGCACUUAGGUAAAUGGGAUCUUUUCUCAAGAGCCCUGGAGGCUGACGCAUUAGGCACACGGGGUGACCGAGCACUCUUGCCUCCGUGAACACGGCAUUGUGCGCUGUAUUUGUCAGCAGAUUUCAGCUAAGGUUUUCUUUUCAUAUCACUAGGUUUGUAAAUGAAUAAAGAGACAUUUUACGUACUCUUA